AGUGAAAGGUUCUUUAUUACAUACUAUUUAUUACAGGUCCUUAGAUAAUACAAGAAACAGCUGACCUGACUUCUACCAGGACGCAGGGAGAAACACAGCUCCUGUUAAGCAAUGGAGAGUUCAGAGGACACCACCGUUCCAUGCAUUCAAUCCGAGAAAAAAUAUUUACAGGGUAAAGACUACGAUGACGGCGAGGAUGAGGGAUAUGUAAAUGAGGAGUUAGAUAAAACAGAAAAUCAGAUAAAAAAUAACCUUUACUUAUUCCAAACUUUAUUUGAGUCCUGCUGUGGCACCUUAGAGCAGAACGUCAAACAUCUGAGAGAGCUUGCAGAUGGUCUGGAGCGUGUUCACUUUGGAACCACAGUGGGCAGCUUGACAGGGGGGGUGGUCAGUGUAAUCGGAGGGGUCACCUCUGUGGUUGGAUUAGUCCUGGCCCCCUUCACUUUAGGAGCUUCUCUGGCUGUGACUGGGGCGGGACUUGGCAUAGCUACUGCUGGAGGGGUGACUAGUGGUGUCUCCAACAUCACCAAAAUGGUUAAUGAGUCAAAGGAUCGCGAGAACUUCGAAAAACUUAUAAAGAACUAUGAAGACUUGAUGCAGCCCAUCACUGAAUGUCUGAGAGAGCUCAUUAAAAACAUAGAGAAUCUGCAAAAGCUGAAAUCUAUCAAGAAAAAACUUGAGGGGGGAUCCCCCCAGAAUGUCAAUAAUAUCCUGGAGGUUGGAGCCCGGAUGGGCAAGGGUCUGGUUGGGGGUGUGCCUGAAAUAGUUCGGCUGGUUCAGGUGGUCAACCUGGGCAAGGUAGCUGCUAAAGCAUCUACAGCUGUGAAGGUGGCGGGAGUCUUCACCGGUGUGUUCUCUGGCCUCUUCAUCGCUCUGGAUGCAUAUUUCAUCUAUCAGGAUGCCAAAGAGAUCCAUAACAUGAGGGGAACUAAUACUGAUUCCCCAAAGGAGAAAAAGUCUGCUGCAGUUGAGUUCAUAGCAGUGAUCAGAAAGACAGCAGGGCAGUUAGAGGAUGGUCUGAAUGAGCUGAAAGAACUGAAGAAUAUGCUUAAUGAAGGUGGGGUACAGAGAGCUCAAUAAUCCAGUCAAUGUGCACUCUUUAUUCAGUGCAUGAAUAUUAUAAAGACCACAAUGAGAAACAAACUGGACAUGAAAAAGAAAAACAAUAUGAGAUUUAUUUGGAAAUUUUGUAAAUGUUUCUUGGUUCAGUGCAAUCACUGAACUUACCUAAAUGGAGAAACAUGAUUAAUUUGACAUAUUGAAUCAGUAUACAUUUUUAGCAUAUAUUAGAAAUAUUUUGUAGUACAGUGUAGCCAUAAUAAUAUUUCAUUUUCCUCUUAAUUUGAACAUCAAUGGAUUAACAAAGUCACAAAAAUAACCAGAUGACCAAAUUCUCAAAGUAAACAUAAGAAAAUGAAGUCCUAAAUCCUAAAGUACUGGACUGCACUGAUUCUCUUUGCUGAGGGAUUUCCCUGAUUAAUUUUUAGUUCUUUAGUUAUUUUUCAUUAAGUUCACUCAGUUAGAGCUUUAUAUUUCUUAUUUUUAUAUUUCAUACAACUUACUCUCACCAAGGCCAUCUGACCCCCUAGCUCCAGGAAUCUCUACAAAGACCAUAGAUAAAGGGCCUGCUUACCUCAGUGGACAGACACAGACAGACAAAGACAGACACAGUGUCUGUCAAAGGAUUAGCCGACUCAUGGGCACUGAGUGGUCAUUCCACUGCCCUCAUCACCCAGAGUCUUCGGGACAAGUGGAGAGGAUGAACAGAUUCAUCAAAAACAGGCUGUCCAAAUAUCAUCAGGAAGGAGUGCCAUGGCCUCAGGCACUGCCAGUCAUUCUCUGCAGCAUCAGAGCGACGACCAACAAAAAGACUGGUUUGAGCCCAUUUGAGAUCAUCACAUGGCGUCCGAUGCAUCUUCUCAACAGCAUAGAUAUGAAAAAAGCAGACAUUCACCUUGCUAGUGGUAGCCUGGUUGAUUAUUGCAUUAAGCUCACCAAUGCUGUUUAGUCUGCCUUUCAACAGGGGUCUGACGUGUGUCAGGUCACACUCUGGUUCCUGGUGAGUGGGUACUGAUUAAGAAACCCCAGAAAGAUCCACUUGGGGCAAAGUGGGAAGGCCCAUAUCAGGUGCUGUUAACAACAAACGCAGCAGUUAAAGUGAGCGGUAAAUGCAGGUGGAUUCAUGCUAGCCACUUCAACAGAGUAGACUAUGAUCCUGAGACCUGAUGCGCUAAGGUGACGUGCUAGUAACCUCUCCCUUAGUAGCCUAUGUUGUUGGACGACAAUGUCUCAGACUUUAACCAGCCAGAAGAUCAACAACGACACUUCUGAUUAACAGACAAGCACACACACCCACCCACACACACACACACACAUAUUGUGGAUUGUCAAGCUUUUCAUUUACUUUUCUGUUAGACUAUGCAAAUCUGUUCAUGUAAACAUGGUUGUCAAAUCUGACAAUGAUGAUUGAUUCAUUUUGAUUGAGGGAUGGAUAUGGUUUUUUGCUACCUUUUGCAAGGUGCCUCACUUGGCUUUUAGAGCCUAGUGUAGAUCCAAGGCUUGUGCUGAAUUUUUUAAAGUUAUAUUCUGAUCAGUCAUUUAGUUAUUGUAAUGAAUUAUGAUGAUUCAAUGUGUAUUAUAUGCUGUUUUCCAUAGAAUCAUAGGGGGGAGGGAGGGAUUUCCCCGAAUUUUAGUUAUUUGUACUUGCAGUCUAGUUAUUUAGUUGAUUUGUAAUUUAAUUAUUUUCAUUUAUUUCACUCAUUUUUAGCUAUAAAUUUCUUAUUUUAUAUAUCUCAUACAACUUACUCUAACCAAGGCCGUUUCACCUCCCUGGCUCCAGGACUCUGUACAGUACGAAGAUCAUAGAUAAAGGGCCUGCUUCCCUCAGUGGGGGAAGACAGACACUGAACAGACAGACAGAGACAGACAGAAACUGAACUGGCCGUGUGAAACAUCUUUCUGUAACAUCUUCAGUCUUAAUAAACUGCUUAAGCUUAA